AUGAACGUACAACUCCAGAUGCACCUGGUGACGCAUUCUGGGGAGCGUCUUUUCACAUGUCGAAUUUGUGGCAGAAGCUACACAGUCAACAGUAGCCUCCUGGCACAUCUCAAGACCCAUACAGCUGAAGAAGUGCGACGACAAGCAAUGCAGGCCAAUCCCCAGGCUCCAAUCUCAGUGCCUACCCAGCCUACUACAACUACUACUACUCCACUGGCUUCCUUUCCCCCCUCUCUCUCUCUCUCCUUUUCCUUCCCCCUCUUUUCCUUCCUUCCCCUUUCCUUUUCCCCUCCUUUUAAAAAUAUACCCUCUCCUUUUCCUUUCCCUCCUUUUUUUCCCCCCUUUCCUUUCCCCCCUCUCUAUUUCCCUUCCCCCUCUCUCCUAUUUCCUUUUGACAUAUUAUUUAGUAAACUUUGUCUGAUACAAGACAACAUUAAUAGGGCACCCAGUGGGAAUCAAACUUUGUGCGCAUAA